GCUGCAGUAGUGAAGCUGUCAGGCGCAGAGGAGCAGAGGAGCUGCUGGAACCGUUUUCUUUACGGUUUUGUGAACCGUUUUCAGGUUGUUUUAACGUUUCGACUUUCCGGUGAAGUCUGAAACUGAUUCUCUUCCAUCUCAGGGAGCCCAGCUGGGCUGCAGGAAGCUGCUGAAGAUGGUGAAGGUGUUUCGCUGUCCGGACCGUCAUGGCUACGCUGUGGAGGUGUCUCCGUUCAUACCCAACAGAGUGGCCUGUGCUGCCUCCCAGUACUAUGGCAUAGCUGGUUGCGGCACCCUCCUGGUUCUGGAUGAGACAGAGACGGGGGUUGUUCUCGUGGGAAGAUGGGAGUGGAGUGACGGUCUGUUCGACGUAGCAUGGAGCGAAGCCAACGAGCACGUCGUGGUCGCCGGGGGAGGAGAUGGCAGCCUGCAGCUGUGGGACACAGCCAAUCACAGCGCUCCUCUGAGAGUGGCCAAAGAACACACACAAGAGGUGUAUGCUGUUGACUGGAGUCAAACCAGAGGAGAGAACCUCAUCGUCUCCGGGUCGUGGGAUCAAACCGCUAAAGUUUGGGACCCCGCUCUCAGCCGAUCACUGACCACACUCAGGGGUCACGAAGGGGUCAUCUACAGCACCAUCUGGUCACCUCACAUCCCAGGAUGCUUUGCUUCAGCCUCAGGUGACGGGACGCUCAGGGUUUGGGAUGUGAAGAGCGCUGCGUGUCGACUGGCCGUCCCAGCACACAAGGCUGAAAUCCUCAGCUGUGACUGGUGCAAAUACGACCAGAAUAUUGUGGCCACAGGCUCAGUAGACUGCAGUGUGUGUGUGUGGGACCUGAGGAACGUCCGACAGCCUGUCAAUCAACUGCGAGGGCACACCUACGCCAUCCGCAGAGUCAAGUUUUCUCCGUUCAGUAAGACCGAGUUGGCGUCCUGCUCAUAUGAUUUUACUGUCAGGUUCUGGGACUACAGUAGGAACCAGCCUCUUCUGGACACUGUGGAACAUCACUCAGAGUUUGUCUGUGGACUAGACUUCAACCUGCAUAUCCCCAACCAGGUGGUGGACUGUUCCUGGGAUGAGACGGUGAAGAUCUACACACCUGCCUGCCUGACUGCUGGAACACACAGUACAGCACCAUAAAACACACGCUCAUAGGUACUACUGUACUUCUGAGGACAUUGGAUUGAGACUCAUGAAUUGCCUGGACGAUGGCCUUAACCCAGGGGUUGCCAAACAUUUUCCUGUCCGCCCCUCCGAAAUACGCACCUACCCUGCAGAGAAAUUCCGCAAUAUUGCUGCAACAAAGACCCUUAAUUACACCAACUUUGUUUUUUACACAGAACCAAGCAAUGCCAGCAGAAUAGCUGCCUAACCCCAGUGCUUACUCUUACAUCUGCCCUUAAUGUAACUCUUACCCUAAACUUAAAUCUAAACCCUGAAAAUAACAGUUUACCUUGUGCUGUCCCCAGAUGGAAGUCCUGAGGUAGAGUCCCCACAACGCAUAAAAACACACAGACACACAAUAGCAUAUCAUGGCAAUACCAGUCAUUUCCGUUAUUGUCGACUUGGAGGAUAAGGAGUAUCCGGACCUCUGUCUUCCCAUUUUGCGGACAGCUUUGGUAACUGUUUUUCCACUUUGAGUUAGCCGCUAACUGCUGCUAGCUGCUUUUUAAAUCAGCCAUUGGUUUAGUUUAGUUUAGUUUAGUUUAGUUUAGUCGCUGCAGCUAUUCUUCCUGGGGUCCAUGGUGGGUCGCACACAUAUCAUGUCAUCAAAACGUUACACUUGUCGCGUCCUGUUGACUCAAACUUUUUACACAGACAUUGAUUCGGUGCUGGUACGACCUGCACUGCUGGUUUAAAGGCAAGGCUAUUCUUUACCUCUUAUACAGGACAAUGAGGCAGAAUAAAGGUGCAACGUUGCCGCCUUGAACAGGCAGUGUAAAGAGGCAACUGACACAUGUAGCUGCUUUGAAUUUCCGAUAUUGUUGAAAUAAUGACAAUGAAUUCUACUGAAAAAAAAAGAGAAAACAAUAACUGAUUUUCACAGUGCUGCCAUCAGAGUAAAGCAACAUCCUUUCUUUUCUGAAGUUUUGUGCACAGUCUCAUUUGAGUCACUUAAUUAUUUUAUAAUCUGUAUUUAAAGUCGUUAAAGAGUCAUUCACAUCCACAGAUCUACAAAGAACCAACAAUUAAACUGUCAGGAUUUCGUGCAGAACAUUUUAACAGGGACUUAACUGAAAUUAGGACCAGUCCUGCUGACAUUAAAAGGAGAAAAAGCAUUUUACUUAAGUACCACGUUUCAGGGAGAAUCUGACACAAGGAGCAGUAUGUUUGCAUCUUGGUAACAAAUCAGAGCAGCACAUCCCACUGCAGAAAAAAUAGAUAUGUUAAGGAAGCAGAGAUAAAUAAAGGUCUGCAUCAAACCCCAUCAUAUUUUCUCAUAUUUACCUGACACAUAAACAUCUCCAUGCUUUUCUCACAGAGCUUCUAUAUUGUGCAUCUAUUUGUCUAAAUUCAAAUGGGAGCCACUGCUCUGACUGUAACCAUAACUGCUAGCUGCCUAACCCCAGUGCUUACUCUAACGUCUGACCUUAACCUAAUUUCAAUCCUAAACUUGAAAUCAAAUCUAAACCCUGAAAUAAACAGUUUACCUUGUGAUGUCCCUCGAUGUAAGUCUCCAGAUAGGGUCCCCACAAUGUGAUAAAAACACAAAAACAUACACGUACUUACACACACACAUUAUCAGCAGCACACUUUGAAAAUGCGUUUGUGCGAUGUUUCUGUGAAUGAAUAAGUGUGAUCCUUAAUAUCCAUGUCAUUAUCUGCCACUCCUUUAUCUCACUGAUAUUCUGUAACUCGAGGGACAAAAUGUCAACUGUGACUAAUUUAACCCCUGAAAUGUCAUCAGUGUAGAUAUGGUGUUGAUGAUGAUCUGUAUGUGCCUUCAAUAAAGAUGUAAAUAUCACAUGAA